AUGAGUUCUCGUGGUCCAAUGCGUCUUUCGAAAACCUAUCCUCAUCCUCAACAACAGCAACAACCACCAGCACAACAACAACAACAACAGUAUCAACAGCAACAGCAACAACAACACCAACAACAGCAUCAGCAGCAGCAACCUUCUCAAUUCUAUCAACCUACAGCUCCUUACCCUCCAACAGAAGCAUCACCAAACUAUGGAGGUGAUUAUCCCAUGCCUCAACCACAAAUAUCUUCAGGAUAUGGAACCGAUUACAAUGCACCUCAAUCACAAGCAGCUCCUUCUUAUAAUAAUGCAUUUUUUUCACCACAAACUGCAUUCUAUGCGCCAUCAUCUCAACAACAACAAAUACCAUCCAAUCAACCUAUGCCUGGCAUGGAAUAUCUUUCUAAUAAUCCUCUUUUUAAUGUUGGUUUAAAUGUUGUUGAACAAGGCAUGAAAGAUUUCACAGGCAAAACUGUUAACAUGUUACCAACUGAAAUGAAAAAAUCAAUAUCAUCAAUAAAAUAUUAUUUUGCUGUUGAUCAAGCUUAUGUAUUCAAAAAACUUUGCUUACUUUUAUUUCCAUUUCGACCAAGAAAUUGGUCAUUGGCAUAUAGUGCUGAUGAACCCGUACCACCACGUGUUGAUACAAAUGCACCGGAUUAUUAUAUUCCAUUAAUGAGUGCUAUUACAUAUGUUCUCGUUGCUGGUCUUGUUCUUGGUACACAAGACAAAUUUACACCUGAACAAUUGGGUAUGCAUGCAUCAUCUGUUCUUGUAUGGAAUAUAAUAGAAAUAUGUGUUUUAUGUUUUACAUUUUACAUCUUAAAUGUUCAAUCGAAAUUACGUACACUUGAUUUAAUUGCUUAUUGUGGUUAUAAAUAUGUCGGAAUGAUUGCAGCAUUAUCAUCAUAUUUAAUAACACAUUCAUUAUUCGUUUAUCGUUGUUCACUACUUUAUGUUAGUUUAUCAUUAUCAUAUUUUCUUGUGAAAUGUCUUCGUUUACAAAUCUUACCUGAUACAGGUGGAUCUCAACCAUAUGGUUCAGGUGGAAGUAAACGUCGUAUAUAUUUACUACUUCUUAUUGUUAUUCUUCAACCAUUAUUCAUUUGGUAUUUAACUCGACAUUUGAUUGUUGUUUGA